AUGCAAGCAAUGGGUUGAGUUAUAGUCAUUUCACUGGUAUUCCUUAUGCAGAAAAGCCUAUUGAUAAAAAUCGUUUUGUGAAACCUCAAGAAAAAAAGUUUUGGGUACAUAAACUCCAACAAAUAUCCAAACAAGUGUAUGCAAGCGUCAAGUGCAAUUUCGUCUGGGACUGGUAGUGAAGAUUGCCUCUAUCUCAGUGUUUUUACUCCUAGCUUUCCGGGAUCAGAAAAACACCAACGUUUGGGAUCUCCGAAAUAUCCUGUAAUGGUAUGGUUUCAUGAUGGUAACUUCAGCACGGGUUCAGGCGAUUAUGGUGGCUAUUGGCCCGACUAUCUUGUUAACGAAAAAGUUGUUGUAGUUACUGUGAAUUUUCGUUUAGGUGCAUUUGGUUUCUUAAGUUUUAGUGAUGAAGUAGUACCUGGUAACAUGGGGUUGAAAGAUCAGGUUCAAGCACUUAAAUGGGUUAAUAAAGAAAUUGAAAAUUUUGGCGGUGAUAGAACUAAAAUAACAGUAUUUGGAAGUGGUUCAGGUGCAGCAAGUAUACACUAUUUAAUUCUUUGUGAAUCAUGUAGGAGUUUAUUCCAUCGUGCAAUUUUACAAAGUGGAUCUGCUCAUAACCCCUGGGCUCUUCAACGCCAACCAGUAGAGGAAGCACAAAAAUUGCUCGAAAAAGUCAAAAUAAAUAAGUUUGAAAAAAAACAAACAAAUAUUUAUCUUGCUCUACUACAAGGACGCAAUGAUGGCGAUUAUUCCAGUGGAGCACUUCUUAGAUCUACUAUCGAAAUCACUAAUAAGGAAGAUAAAAUGAGAAAUUUAUCGCCUUUUCUGCCGGUUGUUGAAAAUGGAAGAAGUUCAGACGGCAUCGUAAAGAAACCUAUAGAGGAAUCUACGAAAGACUUAACAAAAUUGUCUAAGUCUUUACAAGUUAUAAUUGGUUUUAAUAAGGAUGAAGGAAUGAAUUUUGCAACUGAAAAUGUUCCAGUAAUCCAGUACACAAAUGAUAUGUUGGAUCUUUUUUCUGCCUACAGAUAUUAAAACAAAUAAAGAUAAGUGCCGGGGGCUCUUGAAUAAAGUAUAUUUUGAUAAUUAUCACUCAGGAGAUCAAAAAAAAGGCGCAAUUUGUGAAUAUGGUGGGAGAUGCUCAUUAUAUAUAUGGAAUUUACAAAACUGCUAAAGAGUUUGCAGAUGCAGGAAUCGCUACAUACUUUUAUAGAUUUUCAUAUGAGGACAAACACUAUCGAACCUCUUCGUAUAAAAAUCUUCAUGGAGUUCCACAUGGAGCAGAAUAUAAAUAUUUAUUCAAGCCAAGAGUUGGAUAUUUCGGUACCGAAUCAGAUCAACUUAAUCAAAAAGAUAAAAAAGUUCAAAAAAAAUUAUUAACGAUGUGGAAGUCUUUUGCAGAAAAUGGUAAUCCAACUCCUGCAAAAUCGCCUGUGGAGUGGAAGAAACUUGGCAAAGUUGAAACUUCCUAUUUAGAUAUUGGGGAAACCUUAACGAUGAAAACUAUGGAUGAACAAUCUCGAAUGGACACAUGGGACAAAAUAAUGGCUGAAUGCAAAAACUAAUUGUGUUUACCUAAAACUAGUAGUCACAAACACGCGUGCUUUUUUUUAUUAUUUUCUAUUUCUGUUUUCUAUUAUGCAAAAAACUCGAAAUUAUUUUUUUUUGGA